AGGAUUGCGCUGGUUUCCAGCCUUACAUGCUUCGACUCUCGUCAUUUCGAAUUUCACGACCACGAAUUUCACGAACAUCGGCACGAAAUCUUGUCAGAGAGCAACUGCUCGAUCUCUUGUGUGUAUCGUACCAAUACAGACGUUUGCUCACUUGGUUUGGUCGAUGUCGAAAUGUACGCUCACAACGAUACGAUAUCAGUCGCCAACGACACGACCAUGGCAGACGAAGGAUGCGAGCACUAUAAUACAUCUUUUCAAUACGGGAGAUACACGAUUGCUGUUAUACGGUAUACCUGUGAUAAGGACGCCUGCAAUACAUAUCUUAAGUAUAUUGACAUAAUUUCGGCCUUUCAAUCAAAUUCGAGUCAAUAUUUUGAG